ACACACACGCACACACACACAAUCUCACAAACUCACCAAGACAGGAGAGGACACAGGAGACAAGGGGGAGACAGCAGUGGGUCAUCUGUCAGUCUGGUUGUUUGUUGUUUAGUCAGUGGAUGUUGCUUAUUUGUUUGUUGUACCACGGUGUCAGAUCAGGAUGUCAGGACAAAACAGUGAUCAACUGCACCGCACCACUCUGGCCAUUUACACGAGCAUAAUGGAGCAGUUCAACCCAGGUCUGCAGAGACUGGUGGCACUGGGAAACAGCUACAUUCAGGCUUUCCAAGCCCUGGCCGUCACCAGUGAGGCCUAUUUCAAUGCCCUGUCUAAGAUGGGUGAACAGGCCAUGCAGAGCAUGUCUUCCCGAUUGCUGGGUGAUGUUUUGAUCCAGAUCUCAGACAGUCAGAGGAGACUCACCAGUGAGCUGGAGGGAGUGUUCCGCUGGUUCCACUCCGAGGUCCUUCGAGAGAUGGACGACAAUGUCAGACUAGAUAAAGAAUACAUAUCGAACAGCAGGAGGCGCUAUGAGAUUGAAGUGAGAAACCAGGCAUCGGCACUGGAGAGACAGAUGAGGCGAGGGGUCCUCCAGGAUGGCAGCGAUUAUGUGCACUUUCUCCAAGAGUGCCAGAAAGAGGCACUAAAGGAGGAAGAAAGAAGAUAUCGAUUCCUGGCCGAGAAACACAGCAGCUUCACCCAGUCCAUUGCAUAUCUCAUGAACAAGACAGGGGGCGGCCUGCAAAACAGAGCUGAGGGGUGGAAUGAUCUGGUGAAUCACACAAGAGAAUCCCGUCCACGCACUCCUUUACGACUGGAGGACAACAAUCUUGAUGUAAACCGCUGGGCAGAGCAACCACUGGGAACAGUUCCCUCUAGAGGCCCCUCCCCUCAGCCCAGUCGUUCCAACUCCGUCUCGGGAUUGGCCGGAGGCAAAGUGAUGCAAGCAGUGGUGCCCCACCCUCCCUCUGCAAACUCCACCCUCCUGCCGUUCUCCCGAGGAGAAACUAUCACCAUACUCGUUAAAGAGCCAAGGAACGGCUGGCUGUUCGGCCGCUCUGACAGCUCUGGACGGCAAGGCUGGUUCCCUGCUGCUUACGUAGGCACCAUUGACGAGCCACCUGGACCACCUGGCCCUCCUCUCUCCAGCAGCAGCUCUUUUAGAAGCAGCAGCAGUAUGAGUAACUUCCUCAACCCACCCGUGAGCAGCAGGCAGCAGACGGCUCCGCUUGCACCUGCACCUCCGCCACCGUUACCACCUUCGUCAACCAGCAACUCCCGGCCGGUCACUCCCACCCCUUCAGAGAACAGAAGACAAGAUGACCAUGACUCUCGACCACAACUUUUUCCAAAAGGCACAAAUCCAUUUGCCACUGUGAAGCUGAAACCCACCAAAACCAACGACAGAUCAGCUCCACGCAUAUGAAUAAUAUUUCAGACCAGCUCCUUAACAGUUCAUCGAUGGCUAAUCAGUGCUGCACAUUUGACUGUACAUUGUUCAGCCAUUUUCCAAAACAUUAAUUUUAAUUCUUUGUAAUGAGUAUAAAGCAUUAUAUCAAGCACAAACCGACUCAAGAAUGAUCAACGACUAGUCUUUAAAACUCCAUUAAAGCAGGUAGUUAAGAUAAUUUACCUUUAUCUUCAGGCCGUUGGAGACCCUGUGGCAGCAAACACAAUUAAUAACACUCUUUUAUAUGUAAUGGCCUCAUGAAUAUUUGGCCGGUUAAGUCACAAUAAAAUAUAUGAAUUUCAUGAGCUGGAAUAUUCAAACAAACACUGUGCUUUAGGAGAUGGGUGAAGUCAAUUCUUCUCAAGUAACAUUGUCUAUGAACAUCUUGGAGCAACAUCUGAUGGAACCUGAAAACGUGUUUUUGUGACAUGUCUUGCUUGAAAACUGUCAAUUUAAAAAUCCACUCGGUCCACAUGCUUUGUUAUUUUGUCACGUAACGCAAUGACAUUUUUAAACGUGGCGUACAUGUCCAGAUAUUCGGUCAUUUCUGUGUAUUUUAUUUCACUUACAUUCUCUUGUAGUUUUAUGUUCUGGGUUUGUUCUGACCAACCUGUAAAUGUGGGUCAGUGGUUUUAAGUGCAUCUUUACAUUUUGAAAUAAUUGUAGAUAAUUUGCAUUAUGUUUGAAAAACACCCCUUAAAGCAUCACGUGUCCUCUGAAUGCACUUUAUAAAUGUAUACUGUCAUGUUUGUUGCUUUUGGGGCUGGUUUAACUACAGUUCUGUGUGGUCUGCCCUCUGGGACCUCAGCAUCUCUGAUAAGCCACUAUCGGUCUCUCUCUCCCGCUCUGUGCUUGAACUUUGUCUCUCGGCUCAGUUAAUUCAUCUGACGCGUCCAAUUAUAAGCUGCAUCUAAAUUGGCCGUUCUGUCUGCUUAAGUGCGUAUAAAGGGAAUGUUCAUUUUAACCUUGACACUAAUUGGUGUGACCUUCUCCUGAGGUGUCAAGCCCAUUAGUACAAACCCAUUUGUAGGGAUGCCUUGCAUGUUAUCAGCAUUUGUUUUUUGUUGAGAAUAUUUUCCUGUUUAAUUGAUGCUGAAUAUUCAAAACACAAGUACGUGCCUGCAUCACAGCAAUAAUUUGAGUCUGUUAUGAUUUGACCAGCGAACACAGGAAAAGAUACAAAGUACAGUCUUUCUUGUAGAUAUCUUGAACUAAUUCCUGAUCUGUUUAAUAAAUAAGAUAAAAUUGA